AUGCCAGGAAACGAUGCAACCUUGAAGCAGCGGUACCCAAGGAGAUGGUACGAUGCCAUCAUACCCUUUGAGUCUCCUUGGGAGAGCCGCCCCACUGUAGGAGAGGUGCGCGAGCGGCUCGAGGCGCAAACGAACCUAGCAGCCUGGCGCAUAGAGCGAAAGGCAAGGGCAACCGAACAAAAUUCCACCAAAGCUGGUACGAUUGUGUUCUGGCUGAUCGUGCUUGUGUUAACAGUAGCUCCUUUACUAGCCCGGACUACGCUGAACGGACCAAUCUCGCCCAUGUGCUUUGAAGCCGAGAGUUCGGAAUGCGAAGUGGUUCCGUAUCCACGGAUCGCCGUGUACUGCGCCCUUGGGAUUGUCGUCCUGUUCAAAGCCUGCAGCGUGGACAUGAGUUGUGGACCUUGGGGAGCCAUGCCUCCUAUGUUUACACCUGCCUAUGGGCGGACCUCAUCGCUUGACUUCGUCCAGCAGGCGAAGACUCGUGGCGCGCUUCGAGGUGUGUUGGUUUGUGUUUCGAACAUGGUGGCAGUCGUGAUUUGUUGUUAUUUUGUGGCCCAAGUCCACCAGUUCUUGAAACGUAGCGUGCGCCAGAAGUGGUCGUCAGGGUGCUGCCCUCAUGUCUGA